UAUAUAUAUAUGUGUGUGUGUGUAGCAGCAUUUGUUGAAAUGUAAGCAUUAAAACAUGGUAGAAUGUUUUAUAUCGAAGUUACAUAAAAGUCUUAUAGAUGGCCUUUUCAUGUAUCUUUAUGUAAUAGGGUUUGGUAAGGAAAGAAUCUGGAGUGCUAGGCCUGGCUAUUGGUAAAACAGCUCUUAUCAUCACUAUCUUGAACUCCCCCAGCUUUAUAUAAAUACUUGCCAACUCUUUCUUUGCAACUAGUGGCUAGGGAAGUUGUAGACAAGAAAUUGCAAGAGAGAAAGAUGGGUCGAGGGAGAGCACCAUGCUGCGAGAAGGUUGGGCUGAACAAGGGGUCAUGGACGCCAGAGGAGGACGUGAGACUCAUGGCCUACAUUCAGAAGUAUGGUCAUGGGAAUUGGCGUGCUCUUCCCAAACGAGCAGGCUUGCUGCGAUGCGGGAAGAGCUGCCGUCUGAGGUGGAUGAACUACCUUCGGCCCGACAUCAAGCGCGGAAACUUCAGCAAGGAAGAAGAGGAAACCAUAAUUAAGCUACAUGGCUUGCUUGGAAACAAAUGGUCGAAAAUAGCGUCUUGUCUCCCGGGAAGAACUGACAACGAGAUUAAGAACGUGUGGAACACGCACUUGAAGAAGAGGCUCCUGUCCAAAGAGCGAAGCCAGAAGACCGACAAGCUCGAAGAGACGCCGAGCUUGUCUUCCUCCACGACCUCCCACUCGUGCUCCGAUCAAGUCGAAGGCAGGAGCGACAGCGAGCACACCGAUCCAAGCGUAGACUCCACCAAUCCCUCGGAGGAUAAGAUUGAGAUUCCCACCGAGCUCGGCAUGGACAUGUGGGUCAUGCUGGAGGAUGCUCUCCCGAGCUCGCCUCGAAAAUCCGACACCGAGGACAAGAACAUGCCGGAGCUGCAUCUCGAGCAAAAUUCUUUGUCGGAUUCCUCGGCAACCAAUGGCAGUAGCAGUGGAUCAGGAAGAGGACAAGCGCUUGACGACAUUCAUGACCACCCGAGGGAGGCUGAGAAGGAUCCUUUGGAGUUGCCUGAUGUAGCUAUCGAACCGGAGCUCUGGGACAUGAUCCAGGACGGCGAUGCCGGGUUGUUUAGUCAAGGAGUGGGGGCCAUGGUGGAGCUUGGAGUUCAUGGGAAUCCAGAAAGCUUAGAUGAUGAGCCAAGCAGAGGAGAAGGGAGCAGAAUCUGGGUGGAAUACUUGGAGAAGGAGCUUGGCUUGUGGGGAGCAAGUGAUGACAACCAGGAGUCCCCCAUGGGUCCCUGGGCAGAGAUGGAGGGAGAUCCUGUGACCUGUUAUUUUCAGAAGGGCCCCUCUUCCUCCUCUCCUGUAGAUCUUCAUGACCUGAAAGUGUCCUGAUGCAUUGUUAUGAGUCCAUAGGUAGGUUAGAUCCCACACAAAGGUGUAUAUUUAGGAGGCCAUGGCUGCUGGACGCAUCCCUAACCUUUCAUUAGAGAGUCAAAGUGGUAGGUGCUUAAAUUAAUGCUUUAAUACUAUGAGGAUGUGACUCAUGUUACAUGUCA